CGACCACCAACAGCACCCCUCCACUCCUCAAGAUCUCGACAGGCAGGAGUCCAAUUCCUGAAAUCAUUCAAUUGAGGCGCACCUGUCAUUUCGCUGGACGAAGCGGCUUUUGGCUUUCCAGCAUUCUAACGCCGAAGCGAACACCGACAACUUAGUCCGAGUUCUUGAUCGCACUUACGAUUCGGCUUGCUAUUGUCCUUCGAAAGUAGUAUCAAGCCCAUUUUCAGCCAGACAUUUCAUAUUUCGCAAUGUCCGUCCGAGCAUUGUCACGGUCCCUUCGUGUUCUCCGGAAGCCGCAGAAUAUCCAGGCGUUCUCGACUCGGAGCAACCUCCGUGCCGCCGACCAUGGCGACCACUACGAUCCCCCGACCGGUUGGCUUUUCGGUGUCAAGCCUGGCCAGAAGUACGUGAAGGAGGGCUGGGAAAAUAUUUGGUAUUUCGGUUUCGUUGGAAGUCUGCUCGUGGCUGGUGUUGCAUACGUUUUCAAGCCCGAUACUUCGAUACAGACAUGGGCACUGGAAGAGGCACGAAGGAGGCUGGAAGCUGAGGGCAUCUUAGAGGAUCCAGAAAAGGAUCAGAAGAACUAAGAUAGUUCAUUUGGAUGCCCGAUUGCCCCUGUACUAUGUACAUAAAGAUGCCUGAUGUGGGAAGAAUUCUAGACCGAGGUUUGCAUUAUCUACCGAAGCAGAAAGAACGGAUUGGUCGUACUAUACAUCCGUCGUCAAUUGUUCCCCCUUUUUUUUCCUUUUCGUCGUUUGCUCUACCAGAGCUGCUUUCAUGUUGGCAACAGAUGGUUACAAGGACUAUGGGGAUGAAUAGCAA